AUGGCAGCACUAGGGGUUUCAACUUUUUUCACUUCUCUGCAAUGGAUUUGUGUCGAUAAAGUUCUCCAUGCUGUGUCCCGUGAUGACAAAACCCUCAAAGAUAUUAAUGUUGAACCUAAAAUAUCUUGUACUACAAAGGCCCAUGAAGAUACUCGUGAUGUCUCCAUAGUGUCUUGUGUUGAUAAGGCAAUGAAAGACACCCAUGUUAUACAUGACAAGGCACUCGAAGAUGAAAUCCUAAAAGAUAUCCAUGGUGAACCUGAGAUAUCUUUUGUUAAUGAAAAGACCCUUGAAGACAUUCAUGUUGUCUCUACAAUAUCUUGUGUAGAUAAGGUCAUGGAAGACACUCAUGUUGAUAUUGAAAUGAUGGAAGAGAUGCCCAAGAAUGAAGUGCAACAAGAGAGCCAAAUCAUGAACAAAAGGAAGAUUAUCAAUGAAAUGGUUUGGAGAAAGAAGAUUUUUGUUGGGGGCUUACCUUCUGGCAUAUCAGAGGAGGAGUUCAAGAAUUAUUUUGAGAGGUUUGGCACAAUAACUGAUGUGGUGGUGAUUCAAGACAGUGUCACACACCGGCCUAGGGGAUUUGGAUUCAUCACAUUUGAUUCAGAAAAAUUGGUUGAAAAUGUUAUGCUAAAUAGCUUCCAUGAUUUGAAUGGUAAAAUAGUGGAGGUCAAGAGGGUGGUGCCAAAAUUGGAGAAUAAUAAUAAUGGUGCUUUUGAUCAAUUAAAAUCCAAUUAUGGAAAAGGAACGUCUUUGAAAAGUUUUCCUUAUUAUUAUGGUACCAAUAGCAGCAUUCCAAUCCCUGAUUGUGGUCCUUCUCCUUGGUACCAAAAUAAUGGGUUAUAUUUUCAUGCACCAAAUUCCUAUGAUUGGUACCCUAUUGAUGCUUCUUUUCCUUGGCAUAUGCCCAUGGUACCCAUGACUCAGCCAUGUCCACACCCUUUUGGCUAUUGUUUCCCAAGUUAUCCAUAUGUUGGUGGGAAUGAUGGGGUGAAAAGAUAGGCUCACAAGGAAGAAAUGAUUAGAUACAAGAUUAAAUUAAAAGUUCACUCUUUUUUUUUUCUUGAAUCAUUUGAUGCAAAUAU